GGGGUAUAAUAGACAAAUCACAAAACUGGUUCGUUUUUAAAGAAGCGGUCCCGAAUCACACCAUUUCCAUUUCCAUUUCCAGAAGCGGCAACGAUGGAGACAACAAUCGGAGAUUCUAUGACGAUGAUGAUGACGGAGAUGUGACCGGUAUGAGCUCAAGUAGACGAAAUCUCCAAACGAUUCAGAGCUUCAAAGCUUCAGAUCUGUUUCCUUGGAUCGGUUAAAAAGAGUUUUAAGGUUGAUUUUUCUUUCCACACCAUUUGGCGACUCGUACAUCGAACUCGCUGAUCGGAAAAUACUCCCGGAUAGAAAUUGAACCGAUUAGUUUGAUGAGUGAGUGACUUGUUACUUCGAUUUGUAGCUGAGUGUGUCACUGCUCAAGUGUGUGAAGAAGGAGAAAAUGCCGAGGCCAGGACCAAGACCUUACGAGUGUGUGAAACGAGCUUGGCAUAGCGAUCGUCAUCAACCUAUUCGUGGUUCGAUUAUUCGCCAGAUUUUCAGACUCGCAAUGGAAGCACAUAGCGCAGCGACGAGGAAGAACAAAGAAUGGCAGGAGAAAUUGCCUGUGGUUGUGUUAAAAGCUGAAGAAAUCAUGUACUCUAAAGCCAAUUCCGAGGAAGAGUAUACAGAUGCUGAUACUAUGUGGAAUAGAGUAAAUGAUGCCAUUGAUACAAUUAUUAGAAGAGAUGAGAGUACAGAAACUGGUCCUCUUUUGCCUCCAUGUGUUGAAGCUGCUCUUAAUUUGGGAUGUAUUGCUGUAAGAGCUUCAAGAAGCCAACGACAUAGUAGCGGAAGGACUUACCUCGGUCCUAAAAUUCAGGAACCGGUUUCUGCGUCGACUAAUGAGCCGUCUUACCAUCAUGAAUAUCGUCAGCAAGCUCAACAAUCAUCAACCAAACCAAGCCAGACAGUUCAAGCUGCAGUCCCUGUUGAUGUACUUGAUAACAGCAACAAGCGUGUAGCUACUCCUCGCGGUUACCCGUUUCUUCAUGAAUCCAUGCAGAUGCAUCAAAAGCCAUUGGCAAUUAGACAAGGAACUGGUCCUGCUUCUGCUCCUGCUCCAGCUCCAGUCAACUUGGGUUCGGUCUAUCCUUUGUAUUACGAAGGUAAUAAUCAAACGCAGCAAGCUGACAUGUCUUUUAGAGUCCCUGAAGCGCCCAUAAUCAUUGGCAUGCCUAUUGGUAUAAAGCCCUCAGAAGAAGCAACUGAGAGGGUCUGUGAUUUAUCCUUGAGGCUCGGUAUAUCUUCAGAACCGUCUACAAGAAUAGAUGUCGGGUCUAGUCGGGCUUACCCGGGAAGAAACCAAGAAGAGUUAUGUUUAUUCGCAGAGGUAAAGAAGAAUGAUAGGUUUGAAUGGUUUUCAAAUAGUGAAGGUCAGAAUUCAGAUUCGAGAGUUAAAAAGCACAGAACUUUGUGUGGAGACUUCCUUUAGGACUUGCUUAGUUGUUGUAAAAGCUUCAGGUUUAUUGGUUUACUAUUUUAUUGACUCUACUAGUCUUAGCGUUCGCUUCAAGUUUUAUAAUAAAGAUCCAUGGAUUGAUCUUAAGUAUGGUAAGCUAAAUUCUGGAUCCAAGAAUUAGUUAAUCCAUUUAUAUAUGUUUGUUUAAA